AUGACAGUCGCCGGCCAGGAAUUCACGACGCCAAAAUUGGUACAUUUUGACGCCGAGAAUCCUGAGACAAAAUCAGAUGCUGUCGUCGAAACCAUCCGACGCGACGGUGGUGUCAUUGUCCAGAAUCUCAUCAGCCAUGAAUUGGCCAUGCAGAUCAAACAAGAGCUCAAACCACAUUUCGAUAGCGACCGCAUUGAUCCAACAGGCUUCUUCCCCGAAACCACAAAGAGAGCCAGCGGACUGAUUGCUAUCUCCCCUGGCUGCGUGAAAUACCUGACGAAGCCACUGCUCAUCGACGUCGUCAAUGGGCUACUAUCCUCGACUUAUUCCUUCUGGCUCGGCAAAAAAGUGAGGACCGUCCACUCCAAGCCACAAAUCUCAUCCACCACCGCCUUCAGAGUUAAUCCAGGAGGUCGAGCUCAAGAACUUCAUCGGGAUGAUGCGGACCUGCACCCACGUGAGGGCGACUGGCCCGUGAUGCUCGGUUGUAUUGUGGCCAUUUCCAAAAUCACCCACGAGAACGGGGCCACCCAAGUGAUCCCUGGGUCUCACGUAUGGGGUCCUGAAAGAGCGCCGGAAGUCCAUGAAGCCAUUCCGGCCGAACUCGAAAUCGGCGACGCUCUCCUGUUUUUGGGAAACACCUACCACGGAGGUGGUGCCAACGUAACCAAGGACGAAGUCCGAGAGAAUGUCGGCCUUUUCUUCACCAAAGGCUUUUACCGACAGAGUGAGAACCAAUACUUGAUGGUGCCACCUGAAGCAGCCAGACCACUCUCCACUCAGGUGAAGAGAUUGCUCGGUUAUGGGAUUAGCCCACCAGGAAACGGAUUCUACCAGUAUCAAGAUCCCAUGAGAGUCUUGUUUGGCGUGGAGGAUGAGGAAACGGUAGAUCUGUGA